UGACCAACAGGAUUACGCCACACACACACACACACACACACACACGUGUUGACAACGAACGGUACGUGCAUGCUACGGUAAUUUUGCUUGAUCCAAAGUAUGAGCACGUAAACUCCGAGAUGGCCAGCUCGUCGACAUCGAUGAGCUCUUGCAGUCAGACAACACACGCCGCGCGAAAAGACAACCCAGUCAGACAAGACACCAGCACACACCCACUAUAGGAUUCUAGGAAGCCCGUAGACCUAGCUCAAACUACAAACCGAUAGCUAGCAUUGGAAACCAGCGUGAUUCGGUCGCCGGCAUGCCGCUCAAGCUCGUGCUCGCCGUGGUUGCUCCGGUGGGCUUGACGUGCUGCAUACUGAAACUCGCCGGCGUCCCCUGGCCAAUCAUCAUCCGCAUCGCCGGCGUCCUGCUCGCCUUCCUCUUCAUCGCGGCGUUGUGCCAGCGCGCGCAGGCCCGCGCUAGGUCGCAACGCCAACUCCUGCAAGAUCCAGAGGGGGAUCAGUCGUCCAUGGCCGCGCUUCCGCGCGAACCGGCCGUCGGGCUAGGCCGGGCGGCGCUCGCCGGCCUGCCUGUGUACAAGUACGAGAAACUGAGGUGCAGCGGCGGAGAGGGCCACGAGUGCGCGGUGUGCCUCGCCGAGAUCAAGCCCAAGGAGGUGGUGAAGCAGCUGCCGGCGUGCACGCACCUCUUCCAUGACCGGUGCAUCGACGAGUGGCUCUGGUCUCACAGGACGUGCCCCGUCUGCCGGUCUCCGGUCGAUGGCUCCACCGUGCCGGCCGUGGAAGUUGCCGCCCGUGCUAUGCAAUUUGUUUAG